AAAAUCUUUUUUUCAUUUUUUUAAUUUUUAUUUUAUUUAUUUUUAUUUAUUUUUGUUUGUUUAUUUAAUUUUAAACCAAGGGUAUUAGGGAUAUUUUACCCUUUAAUGAAUGUCAUUUCUGUGACUUUCUCCUUCUAGUGCUAUUUUUGAGACAUAAACUUCAAAAUGUGCUAUUAUUGACAAUUGCCCAAUUUACAAUGAAAUAUGACAUUUUUAAAGUUAUUAGUGCUCAACUUAAAAAAUGAUAUUUGAUGUUUAUAUCUUGCACCAGUCCAAUAUUGGACACAAAGUGCAGGUAAAAAUAGUGAUUUUUUUUUCAAAAUCAACCAAAAAUAAUAAUUGGGUAUCAAAAUUAAGGGAAAUCAAUCUCUCAGUAUAACUAAAACUAGAACUUGAUUCGCGCUCUCGCACAGAUAUUUGAUUUAACUUGUGUUCAACGUAAAUUCAUAAAACGCUGAUUUUAUAAAAACUCUCAUGUAUAUUUUUAUGUUUUGUAAUUUACAUAUAUAGUAGAAUAUAUUAUUUUAUAUAGAUGUUUGCUAAUAUUUUUUUAUGUGUACAUAAUAUUAUAUUAUAAAUUUUAUAAAUUUAUGCAAUUUGAUGUAAUAUAGAAAAAUGUCAUCUCUCUUUAAUACAUGUUAUUUAGUUAAUAUUCGUAAAAUAUUAAUAAUGGUUAAUAUAUGAAUAUCGAUUUGGUUAGAUAUAUAUUGAUAUAUCUGUAAAUAAAAAGAAAUACAAAAAGAAAGUAAUUAAUUAAUUUAUUGUAAAUGCAAUAGAUAAAUGUGUAAAUAAAAGAAAGUACUAAAAAUACUGAUAUCCAUGUUUUCAAACAAUUUCCAUUUAUAUUGAUAUCCAUGUUUCCAAACAAUUUUCAUUUAUACUCCUAUCCAUGUUUUCAAACAGUACAAAAAAUACUCCAGUUUUAAUAAUAUAGAUAAAAAUCUUACUUUUGUAGAUAAUUGUUGCCAAUAUCUCUUGUAGUUUUAAAGUUCUUCUCUUAUGUUAAUUUUUUUUUUUCAUUUUCAGUGUCAUAUUUACUUAAAAAAAUUAUUUUGGACAACAACUACAACAUUUGGUGACACAUCAAAAGAAAAAUAAAAUAAAGGGUGUAUACUGAUCCAAAAGUAAACAACUCUAAUAUCACAACAUUUUUGAUAGAUUAAGAAAAUAUAUAUACCAAAAAAGAAGACUAAUCUAAGGUUGAGUCUUGAUCUAGAUUAUAGACAUAAGUUCAUUUUUAAUUUCAAAUAUGAAGUUUUUUCAUAUUUUUUACUUACAUUUUGGUCUUUACAAUUACACUUCACAUUUAUUAUUCUUAAAUAUGUUGUCGUUUAUUUUUUAGUCCUUAAAAAUGAUAUUUUAUAAAUAUUUCAAAUUUAUUUUUAUAAAUUAAUUUUUACACAUAAAAUUAAACAAAUAUUUAAAAUAAGAUUUAAUAUUUAAAACUAGAUUUAAAAAUAACAAUAUUACAAAAAAAACUUAAGAAUUUUUUUAAAAAAUUAUAUAAAUACAUAAUUAUUACACAAAUUUAAAUAUUACAACAACAGUAAUGGUCAUUUAAAUUUGAUCUGAAACCUCCAAAUUAUCAAAAUAUUGACCAAACAAAUUUUCUAUAACCGAAGAUGGUUGUUGUUAUUGUUGUUCUUAACGGUUUUUCGUACCAUUAUAUCUUCUUUCUUGUUCAGAUCGAAUAUAUUCAAAAUAGGAAAACCUACAACAAUUGAAUGCAUAAAAAAAUUUUGCCGAAGAAUUGUGGAAGUGUUUUCAGAAUGGUAUCUCAGCUCACCGACAUCAGAAGACGUUGCAAGGCUUCUCAAUAUUAGCCAAAAACGUGGAUUUCCUUGAAUGUUGGAAGUGAAAAAAUUGUCCAAGUGUAUGGGCGUGACAAUUUGCAGACUGUAUCACUUUUCCAGUUAAUUACAUUAUUCAAAUAAAAGAAUAUAACAUGUAUUAUUAUUUAGUUUAUGGUAUUUAUCCAGAAUACUCAAUUCUUGUUCAAACAAUAAGAAUUCUCCAAGGUAAAAAAGGAACUUUUGCAGAAAAAAACAAGAAACAUGUCGAGAAGAUAUUGAACAGGCAUUUGGAGUCAUGCAAUCCAAAUUUUCUAUCAUAGCAGGAUCAUCUCGUUACUGGAAGAAGGAUGCAUUGCAUGAUAUAAUCACGACAUGCAUUAUAAUGCAUAACAUGAUAAUUGAGGAUGAAGUGAUAUUAAUGCACCGACAAGAGAUAUAAGAUCAGUAAUGUGAGCAACCGUUAAAAUAACGAAAACAAUAAAGAUAUUGCUUUCAACAAUUUUUAACUUGUAAUCUACAAAUUAAAAAUAUAAGAGUCAUUUUUUAGACCAAUACACGUCAUCUUAGCUACGUCGCUUUUUAGACCAAUUAAAUUAUAAUGUUUUCACUUUACCGUGUUCUCAAUUAACAAUAAGAUUGGUCAACGUAAUCCGCCUUUUUCAUAAGUUAUGAAAUAAAAUAUUCUCUAAUAAAUUCCAAAACAUAUUAUGAUUAUAAGAAAAUAUCAUUUUGGAAUAUUUUGUUAGUAAAGGUAUAUUUGAAUUUUUUUUGUUAAAAAAGAGAAAGUCUUGAGAGUAUCUUGCAUCAUGAUUUUGAUUGAAAAAUCUUACUAUAUAUAUUUAAAUAUUAAAUGCAUGAUAUUAGGAAAAAAUAAUUCGUAAGUUGACUGUAACUAAUUUUUUUUUGACAAAUCUUACUAUAGAUAUUUAAAUAUCAAAUAUAGAUAACAAAUGAAGAAAAAAUCUAUGGAGUAGAUUGCAACAAUUGUUUUUUUUUCACUGAAUCAAUUACUUGUGGACAAAGUUCGACCCUUAAGAAAGGGGAAUAUAACAAACCAUAAGAAAUUGUUUUGUUGGCAAAUCUUACUAGAUAAUUAAAUAGUAAAUAGAUUCUUUUGUAUUAACAAACUGAUCAUAAAUGCUACAAAGAUCACAUUGUAAAUUUAUAAUACACUGAUAGAAUUGUGCAAACUAUAAUUUAUGAAUAUAAUAUAUGUACAUCAUAUAUACAAUUUAGAAUAUUACUCUCUCUGUUUCAUAAUAGAUGAUAUUUGAGAAAAUGUUUGUUGUUUCAAAAUAGAUGAUAUUUUAAUAUUUUAUAUUACUUUUAACUUUAUUGAAAACUGUGUAAACCAGUUAGAUUUUAUAGUCAUUUUUAUAAUUGGUUGAAUGAUUUUUAAAUUAUAUUUUUAAAAUCACUUUUUAGAAAAAGUUAAAUUUCUUAAUAUUUGUGCAUCAAGGUAAAACAUCAUGUAUUAUGAAACAUAGAUAAUAUAAAUUAUAUGAUAAAUAUUUAUCAAAUAGUAAAACAGAGGGAAUAUUGAUUAUGUGAUAAAUAUUUAUCAAAUAGUAAUACUAAACAUUAUAAUAUAAGUUUACUGACUAACUAAUUAUAAUAUAAAUUUAUUGAUUAACUAAUAUGACAUAAAAAUAUACAGUUCAUAUAAAUUUGUUAUAUUUAUCAUGUAUAUACUUUAUAAUAUGAUAAAAUUGUAUAUAUUUAUAUAUUUUAUUUGACAUAAACUUUAUAGUUCAUAUAAAUUUGAUAUAUUAUAUAUAUACUUAAUUAUUUAAUAAAAUUGUUCACAUUUCACUCAUUAAUGCAUGUUAUCUUAGCUAUUUCACAUUUUCUAUCAAUCAAAUUAUAAUGUUUUCAUUUCAAAAUGUUAUUAAUUUCAAUUAAUAAUAUGCUGAGGAGAGUUGUAUUAACAUUUCUCAAGAUCCUUAUACUUUAAGGACGAGAUAAGUUCAGUAUGCAGAUUUUCACCUUCAUGAGAUCAGUUCUAUAAACAAAGAUGAGAUCUCCUAAUUAAUACCAUGUUAUUUAAUAUGCAGAAUUUAAACACAAGAAAAUCAUACACGAAUAAAAAGAAGAUAAUGGUAAGUGGUGAAAAGUUCUACUUUAUUAUUUACAACAAAAAAAAAACAGUUCUACUUUACUGAAAAGAUUAAAUUUUAUAUAUUAAGUAAUUUAAUUUGCUGACCAGAAGAUAAGGUAAGUAAAUAUAAUGGGUGAAAUUUUGUUGACCAGAAAAUACUAAACCCAAAUUGAGCGAUUAGAAAAUAGCCGAAAUUAAACAGAUAAAACUAAGAAUAAUAAAUACAUUAAUGACAGAAAAAUCCUCAAUGAAUAUUAUUACAAAUCAGUGGUCAUAUUUUAAUAAGCAAUAGUCAUUACAUUGCCUUUUACAUUAAGAAAUUGCCGGAAGCCUAAUAACAACAACAUAGACCAACCAAGUCAGAGCAGAGACUUUCUCUUUCAACUUCUUUAUUUGUCUUCUCCACUUGCGCGCGAGCCAAGCAGAGUAAACAAUUUGAAACUGAUUAAGGUUCGUAUUUCUCAAAAAAACAAACCCGAUUAAGGUUCGUCUCCACCUUCUUUCUCGAUUUAGGGUGUUGUCGGAGAAUGGAUGCCAUAUCUAAUUAAUGUAUCAUGAUCGCCCCUUGUAGCUUCAAAUAUUAGGGUUUCGAAAUUAGAUUUUGGGGACAAUGUUUUAAUGUUGCAUCAAUUUUGGGAUUGUUUUGUUUUAUUGAUAGACUGCCAGUAACACGCACAUAGUUAUAUAUAUUAAAACUUCGUUUCUUCUAUCCAUGGGACCAACUUUGGAUCUUAUUUGUGUUUGAUUGCAUUGAUUUGGCUAUGAUAUCAUAUUUUAAAAUGAAAUUCCAACCUAUAACUAAUUGUCAGUAAUCAAUUGAUUGAUUUAUAUCAUUUAUAUAUUAGUUAAAAUCCAUUUUAACCUUCCUUUCGUUUGCGGUUCAUUUUUUCUUUUGUUUUAGCAUCUUUAGGGGUAUUGGGGUAUUUAUAAAAUCGGUUUUUAGUUUGUUUUUCGGUUUUUGACAAGAAAAUUUAAUCCAUCAGAAAAAAUCCAAUCAAGUUUGGUUCCAAUUUACGAAUCUUUUUAGAUAUAUAAAUUAUAUUUUGGAUAUUCAAAUAUGAAUUUUCAGUUCUAUCAAUUUUUCGUAUACAAGAUAAUUUGAACCAUAUAAAUAUUUGUGAACAUUGGUUCAGUUUUUGGUAAAACACCAACGCCUAGUUACAUGAAUAAGCUUGUAGCUUUGUGAAACCGAGUGUGAUUUUGCUUGAUUCCUUUCAGCUGGGUUCUGUAUGCUUGUUCAUCUCUUUUCACAGUCCAGUCUAACUUGUGCAACAAGCUAAACCAUUAUAAGAUUAUACAAGAUGGUUACCAUCUCUUUUUUUUUCUAUUAAUGUUUCUUCUGAGAGUUCAAGCACAUCCUGACAUGUCAAUGUUCCUUUGAUUGAAAAAAUGUGCAGAAUCAAUUGUUUAUAGUUCAGUCUCGAUGCCUGAAUUUAACAAAGGUGUGAUGCGUCCAAAUCUUAACGCCGUGCCUAAUCAGCAGUUGAGCAUACAGCCAGAUGCUAACAUUGACAAAGAGUGUUAUAGAUCCAAAAGAUCUAAUUAUCAUCUCGGAGUACCAGAUGAUGAUACGGAUGAGGAUGUGGUGUUCCUUGGAGAAAUAUUACCGUCAGAUAGUGGUCAUCACUGUCCAUCAAAGCGACAGAGAGUCGAAGCACAUCCUCCUCCUCAGGAUGAUGAGACACUAAGAUCUGGAGUGGAAGUUGUUGAACCGAUGGAAAGUGAUGAACAGACCAAACGCGAGGGCGAGGCUAAUACAGCUGACACAACAGUGCCUUUGGAAAAGCCUAAAAAGAGAGACGUCUCACUGGUGGAACGUUUCACAGAAGAAGAAAUAGAAAUGCAUUUAAAGAGUCUCCACGAGGGACGUGUUGAGCUCAAGAAUAUUGAAACAUGUCAACUGUGUGGCGAAAGCGAACUCUUGUUUCCAGCACCACCACUCUACUGCUCGCUUUGCAACUACCGCAUCCAAGAUGAAUCUCUAUAUUACAUCCCAGAGGAAACAAUAAGCGGUGCGCAACAUCAAAUCUGUAGUCCAUGUUACGAUCACUGUAGACGCCAAAAGUUCACGUUAUCUGGAGUCGAUAUCGUAAAGGCCAAUAUGCUUAAAUUAAAUAACGCUAACAAUCAAGACACAGAAGCUUGGGUUGCUUGCGAAUCUUGCGGGAAAUGGCAGCAUCAGAUAUGUGGUCUUUACAAUCCAGAAAAAGACACUGACAAAACCUCAGACUACAUUUGUCCCUACUGCCUGUUAGAGGAGCGUAGGAGUAACGAAAGCGUGGGAGUUCAUGACAAUACGGAUUUGGAGGCGAAAGAUUUGCCUGAAACCAUCCUAAGCCACUUUAUAGAGAGAAGGCUAACGAAGCGGCUCAAAGAAGAAAGACGCCAAACCGCAGAGGCUACUGGGAAGAGCCUUGAUGAUGUAUCACUACCAGAUGAUCUUACUCUCAGGGUCGUGUUCUCAGCUGACAAAAGCACACAUAUCAACAAAACAUUUGCGGAUUUUCUUCACGACGAACACUAUCCUAGUGAAUUCCCUUACAGAUCGAAGGUGAUUCUUCUGUUUCAGAAAAUUGAAGGAGUUGAUGUAUGCAUAUUUGCGUUGUUAGUCCAAGAGUUUGGAUCGGAAUGUAGUCAACCAAACAAACGCAGCGUAUACAUCUCUUAUCUCGACUCCGUCAAGUACUUUAGACCCGAGAGAGUAACGUUUUCAGGAGAAGCUCUUCGAACUUUCGUUUAUCAUGAAAUACUGAUUGGAUAUCUUGAGUAUUGUAAGUUUCGAGGUUUCACAACGGGUUAUAUAUGGUCGUGUCCACCUCAGAAAGGAGAAGACUUCGUUAUGUACUCUCAUCCUAAGACUCAGCAAACCCCCAGCACUAAGAAGCUUCGUGAAUGGUAUGUGUCAAUGCUGGAUAAAGCCAAGGAGCAGAGCGUGGUGACGAAUGUUACAAACUUGUAUGAUCGGUUCUUCGUUCCGACAUGCAAUAUUACAGCUGCACGGUUGCCUUACUUUGAAGGAUCUUUCUGGUCCUCUAGUGCUGAGCUUCUGAUGAGUCAAGAAACCGAGAGUGGAGUCGAGAAUGUUAAAUCACUUUCUAGAAGAGCACUAAAGGGCAACAAAAUUAAGGACUCCAAUGAUGCUAAAAAUAUUCUCCUGAUGCGAAAGCUUGGAAUACGGAUAUCAAACCAAAAGGAGGAUUUCAUCGUGGUGGACUUGCAUUAUACAUGCACACGAUGCUCGGAGACCAUAUUGUCUGGAUUGAGAUGGUUUUGCAAGAAGUGCAAGGAUCUUCAAUUGUGUCAAAGAUGUCAUGAACUAGAAGAAGAGCUUCUUGGGGAACACACACAUACUAUGAACGGGGAGGAGCACUCGCUUUCACAGGCCAUUAUGAACAUACAGUCUACAACAGAAGAUAAUGAUGUCAUCCUAGGAAACAACACGUUCGAAAGCAGACAAAUGUUCUUAAGCUUCUCUCAGAAGCAUAACUACAGAUUCGACACUCUUCGACGCGCCAAGAACUCUUCUAUGAUGAUACUUCACCAUCUUCACACUUCAAACAAGCUUCACCAGUCUCAGAUAUCCAGUGGUGCUCUCCUUCAAGUAGUGACCUGCACGUCCUGCCAAAAGGAUGUUUCGACAACGAUUUACUACACUUCUUUGUGCUGUCCAUCUUACCGAGCUUGCACUUCAUGCUAUAGCAAUAGUAAAUAUCUUCGUCUGCGUCAUCUCUUCCCCGUAACCCCUUGUAUUCACGGAAUACCGCCUAGAACUGUAGUGACUAUUGAGAUACUGGAUGCUUUGUUACAUGCACAUGCAUGCAGAUCUACGGCCGCUGGUCCGUGCUCGCACCCUAAAUGCAGUGUUGCCAAAAUAUUAUUCAAUCAUACUGAAGUGUGCGAAAAGCAGCGAGCUUGUAAAACUUGCGUCCAUUUUGCGAUGGUAAUACGUAUUCACGCAUAUCAUUGCCAAGAUCCCAAUUGCUCCAUACCACGUUGCAGGUAACUUUUACAUUGGUUUAAUUAUACUCUUCCCGUGCAAGUUGGGAUUUUUAUAUUGAUGCAAACUCUCUUUUGUGUACUUCUCAGUUGUGCGAAGGAGCAGUUCGCUAUGAGAGGUUUGAGGUAAGGCCCAUGGGACGAAUCUGUACAUCCCUUAAUGUUGUGAUGAUUGUAGAAGAAAUCGUACAGAUCAAAAAAACCUUUUUUAACAUCGAAACUAUUCAAUCUUGUCCAGUUCUAUCAUGAAUGCUCAUGGUGUUGUUGUCUUUUUAGUUAAGAGAAAACAUUGUUUCCAACAGUUUUGCUUGUUGAUCUGUUUUUUUUUUUCAUUUUUGUGUAUGGUAUAUUAUACUAUAUGUUUUGGAUAUUGUUUUAUUUUAUAAAUGCUCAAAUUGCUUACAUUAGCGUCAGGGCCGGCUUAGAUAGGGGGCAAACGGUGCGACCGCCCCGGACCCAAUUCGUUGCCUCCUAUUUCUUAAUAGAUAAAGAGCCCAAUUUAAAAAAUAUAUAUAUGUGUAUUUUUAUAAUAAGAAUGAAAAAAGGGUCCAAUUUUUUUAUUUCAUAAAUUUAUUUUUAAAAACACUUCUAGUAUUUUGAAAAAAAAUAUAUCUAUCAAAAAAAUUUUUAAAAAUAAUAGUUUGAAAAUUAAAAAAUUGUCUCAAAGCCCAUAAUACCAUUGAGCCGGUCAUGAUUAGCGUUAGCUAGAGCUAACGUCACUGAUAGCAUGUAAAAGAAGUUAUGAAAAUAGAACAUGUGGUUCUCAAGAUGUUGAAAUACUUAAUAUAAAAGUAAUAAGUCUUGUUUUACAUUCUCUUUUGAAACUAUUGCAUUGCUUUAAUUUUAACAUUCGUAUGUUCAUGAAAAUGACACUUACUUGGAAAGGUGAUAUUCCUGUUCUUUUUUUGUGUUUACACAAGAUGAUUCUUCAACGCCCAAGUGACAACGAGAUAGAUUGAAAAAUUGGGAGAGGGAAAAGGGGUUGUGUAGAAGAUAGGCAAUAAGAGCAUGUCGAAUGGUUAGAGCCCGACCUCGAAUUGUGAAAUCACAUGCUUCGUUGACGCGGCCUGAGACGUCUCCUCGAAGCGAGCUGGAAUCGCUUGGUGCAUAUACAGAGACCGAUCGCCUACGAACCUAUCAGGAAUUCAAACUGUCGAUUCAGUCUCUUCCCCACUCAUGGCCGAAGCAAUUGUGAUCCUUAACGGGAUCGAGAGGAUGAUCUAAUCGUCAAUCCACUCAACAACAAUAUUCUCGGACUGCUCAACGCUCAUCAGAGCAAUCGUCAGCAAAAGCCAGAUUACAGAGAUCUACGGUGUUCUACAGGAUAUCGAUCAUCUCUCGUCGCUUUUUAUUUUUAUCAACUUUCAGUUCAUCUUUCGUUUCCAAAAUGGAGAAGCUGAUUUUCUAGCAAAACAGACUCUUAAGGCCCAUUAUCCUUCUUCUGUUGUUUAGUUAUUGCCUUCGGGCCCAAACUCUUCCUGCUUUGCUUUAUUUUAUAAAAUCUCGUUGCUCAAAAAGAAAGUAAAUCUGAUUCAAUGAAUCAUUUAAAAACAAAAGAAAAGUUUAUAUAUUCCUCUCAGUAUCUCCCAAGUUCUUCUAGCAGAAUCAAUGAAACUUUUUUCAACACUAGGAAACAUUAUGAGGUCUUGAUGAUUCUUUCAGAUUCGAUAGCUUUUGUUGGAAUCACCAGUAGUUUCUAAAAACCUCAAAAUACUAUAAUCGAUUGGUCAUAUUGAUUAGUCAAAAUAAGUUUACAAAACGAUCUCACUUGAUUCAUCAUUCAAAAGCUAAAAGACAUAACAUCCAAUAAAACCUCCCCCCCCCCCCCCCACC